AUAUUUUGUGCAACUUAAAUUACAUAAUCCCAAGGAAUGUAAGUGAUGUAAAUUUUAGAAGGAUAACUUUGUCUUAACUGUUAAAACGCAAUCAGCAAGCUUCCAGCAACCAUUUUUAUGUAUUCAGAUGAAAAAUUAGGAGCAUGCUAGGAAACUCUUCGUAAGGAGGAUUAUACCCUUCUUGGUACGAUCUUGGAAGCUGCCUGGAUUUAAGGCCAGUAACUACCGAGUGAAUUAGUCUCCAGGUAAAAACACCCCAGGUAAAGAGCAGGUGACAAUAUUAGCUUGUCUGGAAGAGUAAUUUAAGCUGCCUGCUUGUUAAGCCAGGCUUGUAAUUUAGAGGAGGCCGACCUACAUGCCUGGGAAGCGUGUGGUCCGGUGCUCAAGCACGCGCCCGUAAUGCUGCCUUCCCAGUUUUUGUGCUUCUGCGCACGCGCCUUGGCGCCAACUUCGCCACUAGGAGGCGCCGGGCCCUCUUCAGGCCGGCCUUGGGGCGGUGCGUGUGGGUGUGACGUCACUGCGCCCGCCGCAUCUUGUUUCCUGGCAGCGAUGGCGGCUACCCUGGAGUCCUCGGUGGAGGACCCACUGCGGAACUUCGUUCGAGUUUUGGAAAAGCGAGAUGGCACGGUGUUACGACUGCAGCAGUAUGGCUCCGGCGGCGUGGGCUGCGUUGUUUGGGAUGCUGCCAUUGUCCUUUCUAAGUACUUGGAAACGCCCGGGUUUUCCGGCGAUGGGGCCCACGCUCUGAGCCGGCGAUCGGUGCUGGAGCUGGGCUCCGGCACUGGGGCCGUGGGGCUCAUGGCUGCUACCCUUGGGGCUGAUGUUGUGGUCACAGAUCUUGAGGAAUUGCAAGACUUGCUGAAGAUGAAUAUUAAUAUGAACAAGCAUCUUGUCACUGGUUCUGUUCAAGCCAAGGUACUGAAAUGGGGGGAAGAAAUAGAAGACUUGACUUCUCCGCCAGACUACAUACUGAUGGCUGACUGCAUAUACUAUGAAGAGUCUUUGGAGCCAUUGUUGAAAACUCUAAAAGAUCUUAGUGGAUUUGAGACUUGUAUUAUAUGUUGUUACGAACAACGAACAAUGGGAAAAAAUCCAGAAAUUGAGAAAAAAUAUUUUGAGCUCCUCCAGCUAGACUUUGACUUUGAAAAAAUUCCUUUGGAGAAACAUGAUGAAGAAUAUCGAAGCGAGGAUAUUCAUAUCUUAUACAUCAGAAAGAAGAAAUUGAAAUCUCCAUCAUGAAAUCUUUAGUCAUCUUACCCAAACCUCUAACAACCUGGGUAAGCUAAAGAUGUGAAUGGUGAAUGGAGCAUGUGAAUACAGCAUGGGAAGAUUGUGUUCAUAGAUUUUUCCAGCAUGUCCAUAGAGAUUCAAUAUAUAACUGACAACCACCAUGGGCUGCCUGCAAUUUGAAAAAUGAUUACUGCCUGCCUGCCUGCCAAUGGGCCUGAAAUCCAACUUAGUUUACUUGUAGCUCAGCAUCAAGUUCUGCUUAAAAGAAAAUUGUGUAUCAGUCACUCCUCAAAUGAAAAUAGGUGUUGAGGUUUACCUAAAGUCUGCAGGAAAUAAACAGUGAAGUGGCAUGGUUGACUUGGCGUUUUUGUCAGGAAACUAGAGAUAAACUGAUCCAGUUUCUAAAGAGAGACAUCUAUUACUAUGUAAUUCUGUUUAAGUUGCAACUAGUAAAAUUUAGUUGUCUUUAAGAUCAAUAAAUCUAAAAGUUGGUUAUUUUAA